CUUGAGUUUGACUUGCAAGGUGUUGAUUUUGGUUAAGCUCUUUUUCUUUUCUUUUCAUUUUUAAUUAUAUUUUUUCGUUUUUGGUGAAUAAUUUUCCUCGGCUGGAGAUGGGUUUUGUGAACUCAGGUCAUUUAGGCAGGUUUGCUGUUAAGUGUAAAAGGAGUGAGUUUGAGAAAUUUACUUGGGUUGGUUAAAAUUUCCGCAAAAUCUAGUGGCAUAGCUGGCAAUGAAGUAAAUAUUUCACUUGCAUUUGGGCAUCAUUUAAGGGUUCAUUUUGCAGGAUGAGGGAGGAUGAGGGUAAUUGUUAUAUUCUGUUAGUCUGCCUUAAAAGGUGGUUAUACUGAGUGAUAAAUUUCAGUACUCUUAUAAAGAGCCCUUUAGUAUUAUAUAGGCAGGCAACUGACAACUUGCAAGACUGAGUAGUGAUUUUCAAUCCUAAAGUUGCAAGCCAUUCGCAUCAUAUUAGUAUCUCAGCUAGAAGACUGGGACAUGAGAUGGUGUUCGUCGUGAUUGCAAGGCUAUAGGUAUCUCAAUCUAUAAGCGCUGAGACUGGAAUAAGCAAUACUCUUCCGUUUUAGCUAAGCUGAAGUGAUGAGUUCUGGCCUUAUUUGGGCAGGAGUGAUUGAGUCUGAAUUGUGAGACAUCAUGUUAAGGCAUUCAAGCCAUCCUAUAAGAUGGCAAAAUCUCUGGUUCUGAUCCCCAACCUGGCCCAGCUGCCCAGAGACGGAUUUAGUUCGUUUGAAAGGGCAGAAGAAAUGAGUGAGGUUCUGAAAAUAGAUGAUUUUAGAGAGCUAGACCGCAACUUUGCUGUUGAUGGAGAAGAAAAUGCUGAAGGUCAUGGUUGCAGAAACUUAGCUACAGAUAAUGAAAUUCAAGUGGAGUUUAACAAGCAGGGCCAACAGGAUUCCUCCUCUUUUCGUGUUGGUUUGAGAGAAGGGAAUAUGAGAUGCAGUUAUGGUAAAUCCCACUCUGUUCCAACUGAAUUUGAUCAAGACAAUGCUGGGAGAACAAAUAUUGAUUAUGAUCAGGAGAGGACACAGUCUCCUUCCAAUGGUAAACAUUACCAAGGUGAGAUGGAUGAGUUGUCUGGCAGUUAUUUUCAGAAAUCCUCCUUUGAAUUUAAGGCACAAACUUUACACGAUGAAAGGGGAACUGAAGGUUCUGCUCAUCCACAGGAGUCUCCUCUGACAGCAGAUAGCAACCAAGUAGAGGAACCAGAGUGCAAUCCCGAUGUAAAUAAGCCAAAUACCAGUCACCAAGAUGAAGAAAUAAAAUAUGCUCUUUUGGAGAAAUCAACAUAUGAGUUUACUAACUCUCCGGACAAGGAAAUUGAAGGGCAAACUAUUGAACACGAAACUGAGAAGUUGUCUUCUUAUUCAAGGUCACCCUCAGGUGAUGGUGAAGGUGAACCUAGAAAUGAAAAGUAUAACUCUUCGAAAAAUUCUCCAUCUGAGAGUGGACAGCUAGAUUUGUCACAUUCUAUUUCACACUCUCCUGGGAGCACCCACAGAAGAUCAGCAUCACCAGUGACAGUUAACCAAAUGCUGGUUUCACCUGAAGGAUCUCCACACUUACACUUGUCUCCCAAUGGCCAUAGGCCAUCCCUGCCUUUACAAGAAGGUGUCCAAGAUGAAUUGCAUUCCCGGACCCAACAUAAACAGAAGCAUGCUGCUUCACCCGAAAGGUCUGAUCUAGCUAAAAGAAUUUCAUCCAAUCGUCGUUUAUCUCCCUCAGCUACGCAAUCAUCUGCUUCUCCAAAGAGGUCGCGGCAUAAGAAUGGUUCAUCCUUGAAACACAUGUCUGCAUCUCCAGAACCCCGCUACUCACCUAAAAAGUAUCGGAGACAUGAUAGAUCAAUGUCAAGGUCACCCAUUCAGCGAAGGGAUCCCUCUUCUGGAUAUGGGAGAAAUUAUCGUGACAAAUCUCGCUCAAGAUCCCCAUAUAUGAGAAAUCAUUACAGAUCCCCAAGGAGAAGGUGUUCUCCAAGGCGAAGAUCUCCUCCUGGAUAUCACUCUCGUCACCACUCUCCCAGGCAGAGGCCCUGGUCACCUCCUCCUAAUCGAAAAACUGGAGUCGGGAAACCUGGGAAGAAUCUAUUUGUUGCAGGAUUUAGCUUUUUGACCACAGAAAGAGAUCUUGAGAGGAAGUUUUCUAGGUUUGGCCGUGUUCAAGAUGUUCGCAUUGUUCGGGAUAAGAGGUCAGGGGAUUCUCGUGGAUUUGGCUUUCUAUCCCUCGAAACAGAUGAAGAUGCAGAUGCAGCAAUCAGAGCCCUAGAUGAGACUGAAUGGAAUGGCCGUGUUAUCCUUGUUGAAAAAUCAAAAUCUACACGGUGAAGCACGACUUCCAGUAUUUAUGGUAACAGCUUUUUUGUUUUAUGGAUAUCAUCUUCAGCAAAAUAUUGUACCUGACAAAUAUGUCUAGAAGGGAAUAGAUAUUAAUUUGCUUUAAUAUUCAAUGAUACAAUAGUUCAUUAGUUCUCACUGCCUUCCAUCAUGUAACAUCUUCCACAUUAGUGGUUCAAUUAGUGCUAAGAUCAUAUCUUUGCCAGUUCACUACUUAUCAAGCUUAGCAGCAGAUUUAAAUUUUUGCAA